CUCUUUCUUACAUUGCAGUCAGCCGAACACUGCAUAAUCUCUCAGUACAAGUGGAUGUUCAAAUGCUGCCUUUACUUAAAUGAUAUGGGUUGCACAAACUGGCUCUUAUGGGAUGGACAGUCACUGCAUGAGGAGGGAUGCUAAGUCAAACUGAGCACAGAGGUGUGUUCAGGCUGCUAUCAUCAGUGAUGUCUGGAACAGAGCCACAUACCGACAGAGAGGAGGACUACAGGUUCCUCCACAGCAUGCUGAUGGAGAAGAAGCUUCACUUGCUCUUCAAGAUCCACGAGCAACUAAAGCGUUUUGAGAAGCGAAGCCCCAUCCCCGUCCAGGAGCACGCGGCGAAUCUGGCCUCAAGUUUGGCAGAAGAGCUGAUAUACCAAGGUUGGAGAGAGGAAGUCAAAGAGCUGCUUGCCCUCAUUUCCAAACCUCACUUUCAGAGUCUCCUGUGUGUCCAUGAUGCUGUAGCUCAGAGGGACUUUGACCCCAUCCUGCCGCCCAUACCCGAUGACGCUCUGGACGACGAGGAAGAGUCAGUCAAAAUUGUCAGUUUGGUCAAAACCAAAGAGCCUCUGGGAGCAACAAUUAAGAAGGAUAAAUCCACCGGGGCAAUUGUUGUGGCGAGGAUCAUGAGGGGAAGUGCAGCUGACAAAAGCGGCUUAAUCCAUGAAGGUGAUGAGCUGAAAGAGGUGAAUGGAGUCUCACUAGAGCACAGGAAGCCAAAGGAAAUCCUUCCUCUGCUGGGUCGUUCUAAGGAUGAAGUCAGGUUCAAAAUCAUUCCUGCAUACUCCAGGGAGGAAAUGUCAACAACCAAGCAAAAGCUGUUUGUGCGAGCUCUGUUUGACUACGAUCCCAAUCAGGAUCCUGCCAUUCCAUGCAAGGAUGCUGCACUAGCCUUUAAAAGGGGCGAUGUCCUCCAGAUUGUCAGCAUGGAAGAUGACACCUGGUGGCAGGCCUGUCACCUCGGGGAUAGCAACGGGGGAGCCGGGCUCAUCCCCUCAAAGGAGCUGCAUGAAAGAAGAGUUGCCCUACAGCGACCCAAAGUGCUGUUCCAGCCUCGGCGGGUCAAGCCACCAGACACGGAGGACGUAGAUUAUAGAGCUAUAGCAGGGAUCCACGUUGCUGGUUUAAGAAGGAGUUUCCGACUCGGCAGAAAGAGCAGCUGGACCAAAGAAGCUGCUCGGUUCAGGAGAUGGAGCGCCGAGGUGCACGGCUCAAUUUGUCCACCUACCUACAUAGAGGUGAUCCCCUAUCACAGAGACCCAAAGGACAGACACCGUCUGGUAAUCCUGGUUGGGCCCAGCGGCGUUGGCGUUAAUGAACUGAAGAGGAGGCUGCUGAUCUCCGACCCCGACCGCUAUGGCGUCACUGUACCCUACACCACACGGGAGAAGAGAAGGCAGGAAAGUGAAGGUGUGGAUUAUCAUUUUGUGUCAGUCCACUUGUUUGAAGAGCUCAUUCUGAAUCAUAGGUUUGUUGAGUGCGGGAGUUACAGAGGUCACUACUAUGGAACAAGUCUAGACUCUGUGCACAGAGUGAUGGCAGCGGGCAAAGUCUGCCUCCUGGACGUUCACCCCAGUAAAAUAAAGCGUGUGUACACCUCUGAAUUUAAACCAUACGUGGUGUUUGUUAAGCCCCCGCGCAUCGAGGAGCUACGCCUCACCAGACGGAGAGCUAAAUUUGUCUGCGAUGAAGAGGAUACGAACCAAGUCAGGAUCUUUUCAGAGGAGGAUUUUGAGGACAUGAUUGACUCGGCUGAAAACAUGGAGCGCCAGUACGGUCACCUGUUUGACAAGGUCAUUGUCAAUGGAGAUAUCGCCGCGGCAUUCAGAGAGCUGAGGUCAGACCUCGAGAAGAUUCAGGAGGCAGAAGUCCAGUGGGUGCCUGCAGAGUGGAGUUGCUCCUCGCCAACAAAAGCACAGAGAAGCUGUAGCCAUUUGCCCAGCUGUAUUUGAGCCGUAUUUAUAUAUGAAGUUAGUAAGAAAAAUAAAUUGAGAAAUAAAAUGAAGUAAUAACGCAUUAAUUGUAUGUAACAUGUAAUUUUAGAACUAACCACCUAGAAGACUGAAUUUCAUAUUUUAAACACGUUUUUCAUGUGUAAACAAAAUCUGCAAUUUCUAAAGUUUUCCAUAUUGUCUUUUGU